UAUGAAUCUGGCUGGGAGUCCCAAAGACUCAGAACUGAACAUAGACGUUCAUAUCGACCUAACACAGUUUUAGUUUUUAUUUCAUUUUUGUCUCAUAUUAUUUUUUUUUUACAUUAGCUGUACAUUUGUGUAUAUAGAUAUUAUUUUAUAUUUUUAUACAAGUCAACAAGAUGGAACUUAAUUCUCUUUUAAUUCUCCUGGAGGCUGCAGAAUACUUGGAAAGAAGAGACAGAGAAGCAGAACAUGGUUACGCGUCUGUUUUACCGUACAAUAGCGACUUUUCCCGAAAGAAAACGAAAGCUUCACCAAUUUCAAGAAAAACUCAGAACAAUAGAUCGUCACACAACGAGCUGGAGAAACACAGACGUGCCAAACUACGGCUGUAUCUUGAGCAGCUGAAGGAGCUGGUUCCUUUGGGUCCGGACAGCACUAGACACACCACACUGAGCCUGCUGAAAAGGGCCAAGAUGCACAUCAAGAAGCUGGAGGAGGCGGACAGAAAGGCUCUGAACACCAAAGAGCAGCUCCAGAGAGAGCACCGCUACCUCAAACGACGUCUGGAACAGCUGGUGAUGCCUGGAGGCGUGGAACGUACCCGAACCGACAGCCUAGGCUCCACCAUCUCCACCGACUCAGAGCAAGAGGUGGACAUUGAAGGCAUGGAGUCCCCCCUGGGCGAGGGUGAGCUUGGCGAGGGCGAGGGGGACAGCGUGGACGAGAGCAUCAGUGACGACGGCCUCCUGGACGGCGAGGAGGACUACAACCUGCAGAGCAGCUCCAGCGACGCCAGCUACACACAGCAUUCCUCCCACAGACUGCAGCCGCACCACUGCUAGGGGCCACCAGGGGGCCCCUGAGGGCCACACCUCCAAUCAGCCCUCUAUGACCCCAGCCCCGCGUACCCUCCUAUUCCCUUCCUACCCCCCCUAACAUUGCCCCAGCACGCACCUCCUCCAUCCCACGCUACGCGGUCAUCAGCCACCCCCCCAGCAAACAGCGGCUGUGGUCUCCCCCUCCCCAAUGUCCCCAUUGGAGUUUAUUCCUUGGAACCAGGAAGUAGACUGUAGAUGUUCCUGUCGUGGCUGACUUCUUGACUUUUUCCUGUCCUAACCCCUACACCACACCUUACCUCACCCCUAUCCUAUCACCCCUUAUCCCGCUUAUCUUGCCUAACCUGACCCCCAGACCUCCCUCACCUCUACCUGUUGUUGUGGCUGCAGACUCGGAUAUAGCAGAGCAGUUUGUGGUUUCGUUGGGGACCUCUGUGGUGUGGUGGCAGACAGCUUUGACUUGUCAAUGGGAACUCAGCGUGUGUGUUUAACUGUGUGUGUGGCAUAGUUGUGUGUGUGUGUGCGUGUGUCUGUGGCAUAGUUGUGUGUGCGUGUGUGUGUGUGUGUGUGUGUGUGUGUGCGCGUGUGGUAUAGGAUAGAGCAUUAGCUGGGGACAAACUUCAACUCCGUCAUUUGAAUGAGGCACAAUUUCUGAUGGAGAAAAAAAAUAAUGUUCUAUUGGAGUGUUCUAUUGGAGUGUUCUAUUGGAAUAUAUCUCUUGUUAAUCUGCAAACCCCAAUCAAUGUUAACCAAAUUGACUGGACAUUAGGGUCAAUAUUUCUAAGGGCAGCACAUUGAUAUCUCUCCCUCUGGCUGAGUUCCUUAACCACUACUCCACACUACUGAACACGACACUAGAAGUGGGUCUGAAAUGGCACCCUAUUCCCUAUAUGGUGCAAGUGUCUGAAAUGGCACCCUAUUCCCUAAAUAUUCACACACGGUGCAUCCUCAGAAUGGAAAACCAUACUUGACUUUUCAGUAGCAUAUUGAUGUAGCAAUAAAACACGGGAAGAUAAUGCUUUCUCAAGCAUUUAAGUGAUUCUGGUGGGUCAAUUUUGUCCCAAAAUGGCAGCAUGGUUGCCCUCUUUUACUAAGUUAUAGAGGACAACUGGGCAUUUUGGAGGGGAAGACAGUGGAUCAGCAAGAUCAGGCUAACCAUUCUUGUUAUUCACUAAUAGAUCCAUUUAUUACCCUGCUGUCAGUCUACUCCUAGCUCCAACAGUUCUAGAUGUGUGUAUGUGUAUGCGUGUGUGUGUGUGUGUGUAUGUGUGCAGGCGUAAGUGUGUGUGUGUAUGUAUGCAGGCGUGCAUGAGUAAGUGUG